AUGGCCGAUAAGCUUCAAGCACCCUCGAAAGCCUCAAAGCGACCAACAAACCCCGUCACCUGUCCAGAUUGCGGCUCAACAUUCAGUAGAGAGCCUGACCUGAAACGACACAUAAUGCACAAAGUUGCAUGUCCUGUCGAAAACUGCCACAAGUCAUUCCGCAGCGACAAGGGCAAUGAAUUUAUGAGACAUGUGGAAAAGGAGCACCCCAGACUUGACUAUGGAAGCUGCCACAAAUAUUUCCAGACGCAGAAAGACGUAUCCCUUCCAUUGCCUGGCCUGUGCAUACCAGGAGGCCCCGAAAGAACCACUGCUGAGCUUCACGUUGUCCAGACACCAGCACCCCUAUUUCAGUCUUCGGUCAUGCCAAUGCACGAUGGAUCUGUCUACGGCGCCAACCUCAGCUACGCCCACAGCCCAUCGAGGAACAAGCACAAUGAAGCUUUGCAGUCCUCUGGGUUCCAUAUCCCGCCAAGCUGGCAAAAUCCAAUGGCCAACGUGCCGUCUUUGAACAUCGAAGAUCCCAAUUUCGGAGCCUACAUGUUUGAUCCAUCGUUGGCAGGUACUUACCACAACCAGUACCCCCCCUCACCGGCAGAUUCUACGCUUCACGGAGCCCAAGUAAGCCAAUUAAACUGGCUAUAG